AUGACCGCGUAUUUCACCGGAGGUCAGCAUCAGUGGUUGCCGUACUUCUACACGUUCAAGGCCGCUACUUUGCUUCCCUUCCGAUAUGUCGUCUACAACAGCAAGAAAUGGCACUACUUUAUGCUUGACUUCUGCUACUAUGCAAAUCUGAUGCUCCUACUGUACAUCUGGGUCUUUCCGGAUAACGCGACAUUGUUCAUGGUACUAUACUCUCUCACGCAUGGACCGCUGAUAUGGGCGGUGCCUUUAUUUGGUAACGCGCUCGUGUUCCAUUCGACAGACAAGAUGACGUCGUCGUUCAUCCACCUGUCGCCUCCGCUCGUUACGCAUAUUAUUCGAUUCUUUCUCGCAG